UUUGAGUUUGUUGUAGAUUAUUAUACUUUUAAAGGUGUCUUCAGAUAGAUUGUGAACAGUUGUCGAUAUUUUUAUUUAAUCACAUCUCUGCGGAAAAAACAGGAAGUGCUGUCCCGAGAGUAGGAGACACCUCGUAGCUCGGUUCAGCUCAGUUCAGCUCAGUUUCUCCUCUCUGUGUGUGUGUGUGUGUGUGUGUGUGUGUGUGUGUGUGUGUGUGUGUGUGUGUGUGUGUGUGUGUGUGUGUGUGUGUGUGUGUGUGUGUGUGUGUGUGUCUGCAUCAUGUUCGUGCUGGUGGAGAUGAUCGACACUGUCAGGAUCCCUCCGUGGAACUUCCAGAGACAACUCAACGAGGCCAUAGCCGAGGAGCUGAACAAGAAACUGGCCAACAAGGUGGUCUACAACGUUGGCCUGUGCAUCUGCCUGUACGACGUCAUUAAACUGGACGAUUCCUAUAUAUUCCCCGGGGACGGAGCCUCACACACCAAAGUUCAUUUCAGGUAUGUUGUCUUUCACCCUUUUCUCGAUGAAAUCCUGCUCGGCAAGAUCAAGUACUGCAGUCAAGAGGGAGUUCAUGUGACGAUGGGCUUCUUUGAUGACAUCCUCAUUCCACCAGAGUCUCUUCAGCAGCCCGCAAAAUUCGAUGAAGCAGAGCAAGUUUGGCUCUGGGAAUAUGAGACGGACGAGGGGGCCCAUGACCUCUACAUGGACCAAGGGGAGGAGAUCCGUUUUCGGGUGACGGAUGAAGUCUUUGUGGACACCUCGCCAACGGGCCCGUCUGCUGCAGCGACCGACACGCCGGCACAACCGGGACAGUCGACGGCUCCGCCAGCGGAGGAGAGCGUGGAGAAGAAAGAGGCUCCGUACACUCUGAUUGGGACCAUCUGUGACCCGGGGCUGGGGCUGCUGUCGUGGUGGAACAGUUAGCGCUGCAGAGGAGGAAGAAGGACAUUAAGUGGUUAUGAACAGAUCGACCACGGUGACUGAUCGGAGAGGCGCGGGACGGUCGGCUGGAGACAGAACCCACUAGUUUGGAUACAGAAGUGGAGCUCUCUGAACCAAGAAGCUGUCGGUGUAAAGUGACUGAUGUGCUCUGCCACAUUGAGACUGAUUGUGUUGUAGAUAAUGCCCUGAACAUACCAGCUCUGUGUCGACAUGUGAAAUUGACCCUUUAUUUGAAAACAGAAUGAGUUGAUUGACAUUUACGUUCAUUUAAUGUAUUUCACAUGAAAAUUAACCCUCCAAUUCAAAGGAAAACAUCAAAAAGUUUAUCAAUACUUUACUUUGAUAGUAGGACAUACACAGGUCACAAAAUCUGACUUAAUGGGUCAAAGUAGGUGCUGUUGAACACUGAACAGCACCUGUCAGGGAUGAAUAAAUGUGGUGCCUCAUGAUACUUAAGAACUUAUGGACACUCUUUAGGUUAAAGAUGAGAGAAUUAAGGAUGAGUGAUACUUUUGUUCUUGGAAAUUAGAACCACAGGACCAUUUAUAACACAUUUGUCUCAUCAAAAUUCAAACAAGGGUAACAUUGCUACAAUAAAAAAAAAAUGUUCAAGC